AUGGGGGUCCAGCGCCGGCACGGAGACAGCGAUCCGGGGCGGACCAAAGGAUCAAAGCUGGCGGCGCUCUUCGAGCAUCCUCUUUACAACAUCCCAAUCCUGGAGGUGACGGAGAAAGACAAGUUGUUUGUGGUCAACCCCAUGGAGAAGUUCAGCCUGCACAGCAGUGGGAGUGACGAAUGGGUCAGCAGCAGUAAAGCCGAGGCGCUCCUCCCGACAGGGAAGACAGCCUACGACACCUACCCCGCCUGGCUCAAAUUCCACGGAUCGUCAGCUCAGGUACCACCUCCCUGCCAGCACCCCUGCCCCGCACCCCUGCCCCACUGCCUGCUGCCCACCUCCCUCAUCCCCGCGCGUCACUUUUCAGUCCAGAAGUCUGGAGGCACCCAGCUCAAGCUCAUCAUGACGUUCCCGAACUAUGGGCAGGCCCUCUUCAAGCCCAUGAAGCAGACCCGGGACCAGGAGACCCCCGUCGACUUCUUCUACUUCUCGGACUUUGAGCGGCACAACGCAGAGAUUGCAGCCUUCCACCUGGACAGGAUCCUGGAUUUCCGGCGAAUCCCCCCGGUUUCUGGCCGUUUGGUCAAUAUAACGAAGGAGAUCCGUGACAUCACCACGGACAAGAAGCUGGCCAAGACUUUCUUCAUCUCCCCAGCGGGCAACGUCUGCUUCUACGGGGAAUGCUCCUACUACUGCUCCACCGAGCACGCCCUCUGCGGCAAGCCGGACCGGCUGGAGGGCUCCAUGGCCGCCCUGCUGCCCGACAAGACCUUGGCCAAGCGCCGCUCCUGGCGCAGAUGGGAGGGGGCUGCCCCACGGCCGUGGGAGCUGAACCCCAACUACUGCGCUCAGGUGCGAGAGACGCCGCCCUACGACAGGGGCCAUCGCCUGCUCGACCUCAUCGACAUGGCAAUCCUCGAUUUCCUCAUGGCCGCGGGGUGA